CCACCAAAACCAUCUCUCGCCGCCGUCGACACUUGCUUCACCACCGUGUCUGUAUCAACGAGGGAAAGAGACAAGAAGCGUUAUAACUCUUUCGUCUGAUUCCAUGGAGUUAUGUGGCGUAGAUUCUGAAGGGAAACAAUUUGAUAGCGUUCAAGAGAUGUGGAGAGAAGAGAUUGGAGAAGAAGGAGACGAAACUAGAAAAACCCAAUGGUACAGAGAUGGUGUUUCUUACUGGGAAGGUGUUGAAGCUUCUGUUGAUGGAGUAUUAGGAGGAUAUGGUCAUGUGAAUGAUGCUGAUAUUAUAGGGAGUGAGGUUUUUCUUAAGACUCUUAUGGAAGAAAGAUUAGUAAAUGGUGGAGCUAAUCAGCAUUUAGUAGCUCUUGAUUGUGGUUCUGGUAUUGGAAGAAUCACCAAGAAUCUUCUGAUUCGAUAUUUCAACGAGGUUGAUCUUCUUGAGCCUGUAGAGCAAUUUUUGGAUGCAGCACGUGAAAACUUGGCAACUACUGGCUCAGAAACGCAUAAAGCAACCAACUUUUUCUGUAUCCCUCUCCAAGAGUUUACUCCAGCUGCUGGAAGAUAUGAUGUCAUAUGGGUUCAAUGGUGCAUUGGUCAUCUCACAGACGAUGACUUUGUUUCUUUCUUUAACCGCGCAAAGGGCUGCCUGAAACCUGGCGGGUUUUUCGUCGUGAAGGAGAAUAAUGCUAAAAGAGGAUUUGUUUUGGAUAAAGAGGAUCAUAGCAUCACCAGAUCAGAUCCCUACUUCAAACAGCUCUUUCGCCGAUGUGGGUUACAUCUCUAUAGAACAAAGGAUCAGAAAGGCCUUCCGGAAGAGUUAUUCGCUGUAAAAAUGUAUGCUUUAACGGUUGACACACCACCUAAGAUCCACCGAACCAGAUCGAAAACUCAGAGCAACAGACCACAGAUUAUCAAAUGACAGGCUUCUGAAUGAUUUUAAGAGAGAAGCUAUAACAAAGCUGUUAUAAGAUAUAGAUCAAGACUUGGCUGCUUCACUGCCACAUGGUUCUGUUCGCGGUAUCCUCACCUCCAUCAUCUUCUCCAAGUAGUAAAGUCUCGUGUAAUAGACUUGCCAUGUUUCUAACAGUUUAUUUCAAACAUCUAUUCAUCAUCUUUGCCUAUUUAUAACCAUUUGGUCUGCACUUGAUUCA